AUGGGCAGCAUAGCAACGAACCCCUUCCAAGACGUCCCUGCAGGGCGCGUAGAGAGCCUGCAAAAACUCGUUACUCUAUUUCGCGAAGAUAAUGAUCCGAAAAAGACCGAUCUUCUUGUAGGGGUUUACAAAACUGAUGAAGGAAAAGCUUAUGUACAGCCCAGUGUAAAAGAGGCAAAGAGAAGAUUGUUUCAUGACAAUGACUGGCAUCACGAGUACCGUGCUUCUGCUUUGGGGUCGAUCGGCUAUAGAGCCUUAAGUAACAAGUUGCUCUUCGGCCCCGAUAGCCGUCUUGUGCAAGAGAAUAGAAUCGUCACAGCGCAGACUCUAGGUGCAAGCGGGGGAUGCCACGUUGGCGCGGUUUUUUUGAAGCUGCAUUAUGGUCCCUGGAAAAACAUAGACGCUCCUGAGAUCUUUCUUCCAGGCGAUACAUGGUUGAACCAUCCAUUUGUCUUCCAAUCCGCAGGAAUUAAGCCAAGUUUUCUCCCUUAUUUUUCCAGCAAAACGAACAAAUUCGAUUUUGAGGCAUUCUCAGCGGCCGUGUUGUCGCUACCACCUCAUUCUGUUGUUCUUUUGCAGUCAGGAGCCCAGAACCCCACUGGAUGCGAUCCUUCUCCGGAACAGUGGCGAGCUUUAUCAUCCAUAUUUCUUCAACGUGGUCAUCUGGCCUUUUUUGAUGCUGCGUACCCCGGAUUUGCAUCGGGAGACAUCGAUGAAGAUCUUGAAGGUGUCCGCCUUUUCGCCGAUCUGGAAAUACCGCUUAUUUUUGUUUCGACGUAUGGAAAAUGCUUCGGGUUAUACAGCGAGCGCGUUGGAAUACUCUCCAUUCUUGUGCCAAGUGAGGAAGUCGGGAGAAGAAUUGAGACUCAACUGCGACUUCUCGCACGAGCAGAGAGCGGGGCACCUCCCGACUUUGGGUCGAAGAUAGUCGAAACAGUUCUAUCGGAUGGCGAUCUUGAGCGCCGUUGGCGAGAGGAAGUGCGUGGCAUGGCGAUCGGACUCAAAAGCCGUCGUCGGGCUCUUAGAGAAGCAUUGGAGAGUCUGAAAACCCCAGGGGACUGGCAGCACCUUACUGAUCAGAAUGGAAUGUUCUCUUACCUUGGUCUGUCCAAGGAACAAGUUGAUAUUUUGCAGAAAAGGUAUCACGUUUAUGUCCAAGACUCGGGAAGAAUAUCUAUUGCAGGACUUAACCGCUUCAACAUCGACUAUACUGCUUCCAGUAUCAGCGCUGCUGUUAAAGAGACGAGUUCGAUUUGA